AAUCCCUAGACUCUAGUCUCAACCUACACACCCCUAGAUUUAGACUAUCGCCAGCUUUGCCCUGUGUAGCUUAGGAUGUAGCAUAGUAGCUAUCCCCGGGCACGUCGGUCUCGCGCAAGCUUCAUCGCUGUCGUUCGCUUGCCGCAUUUCCGUUAUUGUUCGAGCGCCGGAUAUCCGUGGGUUGUCGCGCGCUCGCACGAUAAGCCCUCGGCCUCCUCGCCGUGCCACCAGCAGGACUUCGCUGGGUCUAUCACCCACCAGCAGAACCGUGGCGAUUCAUCGCUUAUUGCCUUGCGUCAACCCCCACACAGCGUCAGCGCAUCGCCAAGCCCGUCUCCACCGCUCAUCCGAGCGUGGUCGGUGCUUUUCCAGUUUACCACGUGAAAAUCCGCGGGAUCGCGGCCCCGGUCAGUAGCCCGCGAGUUGACAGACUUUGCUUCUCGACGCGCGCACCUAAAGCCGCAUGGAAGGUGCCGAGAAUGCACGGCAUGUUGAAGGCAGCCCCGGGAAACCCGCCGGCACCGAUAUUGGCGCCGCCACCAGCAGCGGCGGUAGCGGCGGCGGCGACGGCGGCGGCGGCGGAGCGGGCGGAAAGAAAGUGCCUUCCUGGCUGAACAGCAGGGCCUGGUCCCGCCCCGCCAAGGCUUCCGCGGACGGCGGUCGUCCCCCGAGCCUGUCUCCGCUGACCCCGAAAGGGGCCGGGGAGGGUCCCAUGCGCCAGGGGGAUGGGGGAGAGUUGAGCGGACAUCAGUCGGAAAAAGGGGGCGCGGGGGGAGGGGAACUAGGGAGUGGUGCAGGGGCGAGCGGGAAGGAAGGGGGAGCUGGGGGAAGCGGGGUGGGAGACAAUGGGGGAGUGGUGAAGGUCGGGGAGGCUCUGGCGCGGGCGCAGAUAAGCAGCGAGGCGGAGGGGAUAGGCGGAGAGGGGGGGCUGGAGGCGGAGGGUAAGGGGAGCAUUGGCGGUGGCGGCGGUGGCGGUGGCAGUGGCAGUGGUGGCAUGAGCCGCGGGGGGGAGAGGGCUGGUGGAAAAGAAGGAUGGCAUGAGAUGGAGGAGAGCGGGAGAGAGAAAGGAGCAAGGGAAGGGGGUGGGGAGAGAGACGGAGGUGGCGGCGGUGGUGUUGGUGUUGGUGUUGGUGUUGGUGGCGAGAGGAGCAGCGAGAGGGAGAGCAAGAAGAGCAGUCAUGAGAGCACUGCCGCCAGCUCAGCAGCACCUGCUGUGAAGUCUCCUCCACGUCCUGGCAGGCCGCGAGCAGUCACAUCCCCCCCAUCCUCCUCCUCCAACACUCCCCCUCUCGGCCCACACUCCCCACGCACCACCGCCACCGCCGCAGGAGCAGCAGCAACGCGCACGUCACCCUCACUCCUCCCCAUCGCCAGCACCAUCAGCUCAGGGCUGGGAUUGGGAGGAGAGCCCAGCACCAUCAUCAGCAGCAUGGGUGGUGGUGUGGGGGGCGAGCGGCGGCCGAGCCUUCUGGAGCAGCUGAGGGCAGCAGCGUUUGCGGAGCCCAUUGUGGUGGCGCCUGUGCUGCACGGCCGGGGGGGCGGCGGUGGCGGCGGACUGGACCCGUUCACACUGGCCACGGCGUCUGCUGAGGACCAGGCGUACGAGCGGCGACUCGCGCAGUUCUACAUGGAGAUCUCCCAGCCGCGCAUCAACAUGGGCGAGCUGCGGCGCCUGGCCAUGUACGGCAUCCCCAAUGAGGGCAGCCUGCGCCCUGUGGUGUGGAAGCUGCUGCUGGGACUGCUGCCACUGGUGCGGGACGAGUGGGAGUCGGAGCUGGCGAGGAAGCGCCGGCAGUACGACAGCUUCACCGCUGAACUCAUCAUCAACCCGUCCAAGCACACAGUCGACCUUACAGCGCCCCAUGCCCCCCCAAAGGAGCAGCAGCAGCAGCAGCAGCAGCAGCAGGAGCAGCGGGCAGCAGGCAAGGGCGGGCCUUCGUCCCCGCUGCACCCCCAGUCAGGCCCGGCUCUUUCGGACAAGCAGGACUUCGGUGCGGCCACAGGGGAGGGGCUAGCUGGGGAGACAAGAUUGAGGGCAGGGGAAUCUCUGCAGCAUGGGGAAGGUGCCGGUCACAGGGGGGCAGGGGGAGGGGGAGGGGGAGGUGGGGCAGCAGAGGAGGUGUUGGAGCUACAUGGGAGUGACGUGUCGUCGCAUGACCAUCCACUCAACGAUAAGCCGACUUCCGUAUGGCGGCAGUACUUCCAGGACUCGGAGAUAUUUGAGCAGAUAGACCGGGACGUACGGCGCACGCACCCCGAGAUGCUCUUCUUCACUCGCAACGACGGCUCCGGCCUCACUCCCGCGCAGGAGGCGAUGCGGCGGCUGCUGCUGAUCUUUGCGAAGCUGAACCCUGGCAUCCGGUACGUGCAGGGCAUGAACGAGGUGCUGGCGCCCAUCGUCUACGUCUUCGCCAACGACCCCGACAAGGCGCACGCCGUGCACGCCGAGCCCGACGCCUUCUUCUGCUUCGUGGAGCUGCUGAGUGACUUCCGGGACUUCUUCUGCCAGCAGCUGGACAACAGCGUCGUGGGCAUCCGGUCCGCCAUCUCGCGCCUUGCGGAGAUUCUCAGGCGGCACGACGAGGAGCUGUGGCGCAACCUGGAGUAUGUGUCCAAGGUGAAUCCUCAGUUCUACGCCUUUCGCUGGAUCACCCUGCUGCUCACGCAAGAGUUUGGGUUCCCUCAGAUCCUUCGCAUCUGGGAUGCGCUCCUUGCCUGCCCUGAAGGACCCAUGGACAUGCUUCUGCGUGUGUGCUGUGCCAUGCUCAUGUGUGUGAGGGAGAGGCUUCUUGCUGGGGACUUCACCAACAAUCUCAAGCUGUUGCAGCGAUACCCUCGUAUAGACAUUGAGAUCAUUCUGCGCACAGCAGAGAGGUUGCACACAUAGCAUGCGCUGCAUGUACCGUACUCUAGGUAGUGAAGAACAUCCUUAUUCUCAAGUUUGUUCAGCAGUAGCAUUCUGAUAGUGCAAACCACAGAUGGAAACAAUUAUUGUACGAGGUAGAUUGCUCAGCAUCCUGGUGAUUUGCUGGCAUUUAUAGGUGGCAUAGUAACGUACCG